GGCUGGUGGAAGGAUCAGUCAGGACUCGGCGCGUGGCGGUGACGUCAUCGGAAGCCGGGCCCUUGGAGGAAUGCUGCGCGGCUAGUGUGCGCCGGCCGGGUAGAGGCGGGCGAGGCGUGUGGCCCUCGCUGGCUUGCGAGGAGUGGAUGGUGCAUCCGCGAUCCUCAGCGCCAGCUCUGAGUUUUGAAUCCCUCCUGCGUGAGGUGGAGCCGCGACAUUACUCUCACGGCGUGGCCCCUAAUUUCUUAGCACUUCGUGUGUGAGGCCUAGGUGGUGGUCCUCGUGAACGCCCUGGUCCAGAAAACAGACGAGCCAGGCGAUGAGUGAGAAGCUGGACACGGAAGUAAAGCAAAGUUCCAGAGCACAUGGACUGCGGCCCGGAUGCCAGUGCAGUACACAGCCCUGAAGCCCUAGAAUGUCAAGAAGAAAAGCAGGGGCCUGGACCAGCUGCAGGACCUGGAACUCAGCCUGGGCUCUACAGCUACAUAAGGGAUGAUUUGUUCACUUCAGAGAUCUUUAAACUGGAGCUACAAAAUGUGCCUCGCCAUGCUAGCUUCAGUGAUGUCCGGCGUUUUUUAGGCCGUUUUGGCUUACAAUCCCACAAAAUCAAACUCUUUGGACAACCACCAUGUGCCUUUGUAACAUUUCGCAGUGCUGCUGAACGAGACAAGGCCUUGCGAGUGCUGCACGGAGCUCUCUGGAAAGGCCACCCACUCAGCGUUCGCCUGGCCCGACCGAAAGCUGACCCCAUGGCUAGGAAGAGGCGUCAGGAAGGUGAUAGUGAGCCUCCGGCAACACAAAUUGCCGACGUGGUGACCCCCCUUUGGACAGUGCCCUACACUGAGCAGCUGGAGCAGAAGCGACUGGAAUGUGAGCGGGUGCUACAGAAACUGGCCAAGGAAAUUGGGAACACUAACCGUGCCCUGCUACCCUGGCUGCUCACACAAAGACAACAGCACAAUAAGGCUUGUUGCCCACUGGAGGGAGUCAAGCCAUCACCCCAGCAGACUGAAUAUCGUAAUAAGUGUGAGUUUCUGGUCGGAGUUGGGGUAGAUGGAGAGGACAACACUGUUGGCUGCCGGCUUGGCAAGUACAAGGGUGGAACAUGUGCCGUGGCAGCCCCCUUUGACACUGUGCACAUCCCAGAGGCCACUAAGCAGGUGGUGAAGGCCUUCCAGGAAUUCAUCCGGUCUACGCCAUACUCUGCAUAUGACCCUGAGACAUAUACAGGCCACUGGAAGCAACUGACUGUCCGUACCAGCUGCCGAGGCCAGGCCAUGGCCAUUGCCUACUUCCAUCCCCAGGUCACAGGUGGUAGUUCUGUUGGGGUGUCUGGUGUAGGCUGGCUUUUGCAUAGCCUGAUGGACUUUUUGUAUCUUUUACUACAGAAACUGAGCGCUGAGGAUGUGGCAGGACUGAAGGCAUCCUUGGUGUACCACUUCAUGGAGGGGCCAGGCAAGGCCAGUGGGGUGACCUCCCUCUACUUUGUGGAGGAGGGACAGAGAAAAACUCCCAGCCAGAAAGACCUCCCCCUGGAGCAUAUGGCUGGUGAUCAGUGCAUCCAGGAGGACCUGCUAGGGCUGACCUUCCGCAUCUCCCCUCAUGCCUUCUUCCAGGUAAACACACCUGCAGCUGAGGUGCUCUACACAAUCAUCGGGGAAUGGGCCCAGCUGGAUGGGGGCAGUACAGUGAUGGAUGUGUGCUGUGGUACCGGCACCAUAGGCCUCGCCCUGGCCCCGAAGGUGAAGAGAGUAGUGGGGAUUGAGCUGUGCCAGGAGGCUGUGGAGGAUGCUCGUGUGAACGCCCUCACCAAUGAGCUCAGCAACGUUGAGUUCCAUUGCGGCAGGGCUGAGGAUCUGGUGCCAGGCUUGGUGAGCAGACUGUCUUCACAGCGACUGGUAGCUGUUCUAGACCCACCACGGGCUGGCCUACAUUCCAAGGUGAUUCUGGCCAUCCGGAGAGCUGAGAACAUCAAGCGGGUCCUCUAUGUUUCCUGUAACCCCCGGGCAGCCAUGGGCAACUUUGUGGACCUCUGCAGGGCUCCAUCUAACCGAGUGAAAGGCAUCCCAUUCCAUCCUGUCAAGGCUGUGGCUGUGGACUUGUUCCCACAGACUCCACACUGUGAGAUGCUUAUACUGUUUGAGAGGAUGGAACAACACCCUAAUGGCAUAGGAGCCCUGGGGAAUCAAGACCUUCAAGCCCCAAGAAAUCCUGACACCACUCCACAGGAAACAGAACACCCCCUCUCAUCCUAGGUCCUGGGAUGUGUGCAGGACAAAAUCUGGGAGUUCUUUUACAACUCCCUAGUAAGUGGAGGAUGACCAAGCAAACAGUGGUGGGACAUGAGGUUUACCUAACUGGUACUACAGUUCAAGGAGUAUAAACACUUGUGUUCCAUAAUAAGCUAACCAGUCUCUAGAAUAAACAAUUGCUGACUUACUGA